CUUGCUUUCGCCAUUGCCGAACUCAGGCGCGCGCGUCGUUGAAAUCAGGCGCCGGCGUCGUUAUCGGUGUCACCGAGCAUGUCGACCCCAAUGAUGCCCAACAACAUGGGCGCGCCCAUGCAGGGCUCCCCCAUGCGACCAGAUGCACAACUGGCACAAUUACUCAGCCGGAUAUCCUUACUCCGACAGAACCCAGCCGAGGCGAAGUUCCCAGGAGAGUUGCAGAAGCUGACCAUGAUGGCGCAGCAGUUCCACAUGCGCAAUAUGGCUAUGGCCAACGGACACGCGAAUGCGAACGGCACAAAUCUGGAUCCCGCGCAGCAGGCGGCUUUGAGAGCUACGAGUCCCCUCACCUUCAAUGAGGAUCAAGUCAACGUCCUCAAAGCGCAAGUCCAGGCGUUCAAGUACCUCUCCCGUGGCAUGCCUGUCCCGGAACCGAUUCAGGCUGCUAUGCGCGUGCCCCACAACACCCUCAACGACCUCCAGAAGCUCAUGACGGGGCAAGACGUGAAGACGCGCAUUGCGGACAGCGCGGUGAAGGCGGCCAGGGGAGAGACUGUGGCCCCAGAGGACGCACCAAAGACUGAGGACCCGGACAUCGACCCCGCCAAACUUCCCAAGGGCCCUUUCCUAGAAGAGGAUGUCAACUCUGGCAUCUACCCCUACAACUCCUAUCGACACCCCUUCUCCCACCUCCGGCGCCAGAAAGACGCCGACCCGGCGAUGUUCGAGAGUCGCCUCCAGCGCCUUCUUGUCCCUACCGUUAUGCCCACUGGGCUCGACGCGCACCAGAUCAUCGCUGAGCGCGAUUCUUUCAUAGAUGCGCGGAUAAACCAGCGAAUCCGGGAGUUGGAGAACAUCCCAGCAACCAUCGGCGACGGUGGCCUCGAAGACAACAUGGAUCUCGACGUGAAGGAGGAAAAGGUCAAGGAUGAGAACACCGAUAAAGACCUUAGCUCCCUCGUUCACCCCGCGCCCAACGCCCACGGCAAGCUCCGCGCGCUCAUCGAGCUCAAGUCGCUCAAGCUCAUCGACAAGCAGCGUAGCCUCCGCGCGCUCGUCGCCGAGCGCCUGAUCCAUGGCGCCAUGCUCCCCAUCACGCGUACCGACUUCCGCCGCACGCGCAAGCCGACGGUGCGCGACGCGCGCAAGACGGAGAAGCUCGAGCGCGACCAGCGCGUCGAGCGGGAGCGACGCGCGAAGCACAAGCACGUCGCGCAGCUGAACGUGAUCUGCACGCACGGGCAGGAGGUGCGCAACGCGAACACGGCGGUGCGCGACAGGUUGGGCCGGCUCGCGAAGAGCGUGCUGCACUUCCACACGGUGACGGAGAAGGAGGAGCAGAAGCGCAUAGAGCGGAUCUCCAAGGAGCGUUUGAAGGCGCUGAAGGCGGACGAUGAGGAGGCGUAUAUGAAGCUCAUCGACACGGCGAAGGAUACGCGUAUCACGCACUUGUUGCGGCAGACGGACUCGUAUCUGGACUCGCUGGCGCAGGCCGUGAGGGCGCAGCAGAGCGAGGGUGGGAGCAUGGUGCCGCUGCCGACAGAGGCGACGAACGAGGCCACGUUCGGCGCGCAGGUCGAUCCGUACGAGAGCACGGAGGACAAGUCGAAGGUCGACUACUACUCGAUCGCGCAUCGUAUUCCGGAGAAGAUCACGAAGCAGCCGAGCCUGCUCGUCGGUGGCACGCUCAAGGAAUACCAGCUCAAGGGCUUGCAGUGGAUGGUCAGCCUGUACAACAACCGCCUGAAUGGCAUCUUAGCAGACGAGAUGGGUCUCGGAAAAACCAUCCAAACGAUUUCUCUCAUCACCUUCCUCAUCGAGGUCAAGCGGCAACGCGGGCCGUACCUGGUCAUUGUCCCGCUCUCGACGAUGACGAACUGGGCGGGCGAGUUUGCCAAAUGGGCCCCCGCGGUGAAGGUCAUUUCGUACAAGGGCAACCCUGCGCAGCGUCGUGCCUUGCAGGGCGAGCUUCGCAACUCCAACUUCCAGGUCCUCUUGACGACGUAUGAGUACAUCAUCAAGGACCGCCCGCAUCUGAGCAAGCUGCGCUGGGUGCAUAUGAUCAUCGAUGAGGGUCAUCGUAUGAAGAACACCCAGAGCAAGCUUUCGCAGACGCUUACUACCUACUACCGCUCCAACUACCGCCUCAUUCUCACCGGUACCCCGCUUCAGAACAACCUUCCCGAGCUCUGGUCCCUCCUCAACUUCGUCCUGCCCAAGGUCUUCAACUCCGUCAAGAGCUUUGACGAGUGGUUCAACACGCCGUUCGCGAACGCCGGCACGGGCGACAAGAUCGAGCUGAACGAGGAAGAGGCCCUGCUCAUCAUCCGGCGCCUGCACAAGGUGCUCCGCCCCUUCCUGCUGCGUCGCCUGAAGAAGGACGUGGAGAGCGAGCUGCCAGACAAGCAGGAGAAGGUGAUCAAGGUCCGGAUGAGCGCGCUGCAGAGCCAGUUGUACAAGCAGAUGAAGAAGUACAAGAUGAUCGCGAACGGGAAGGGGAAGGGGCAAAGCACGGGUGGGGUCAAGGGCCUGAGCAAUGAGCUGAUGCAGCUGCGGAAGAUCUGCCAGCAUCCUUUCCUCUUCGAUGAGGUGGAGGAUGUGGUCAAUACGACGCAGCUCAUUGACGAGAAGAUCAUUCGCUCGUCAGGCAAGGUUGAGUUGCUCAGCCGAAUUUUGCCCAAACUCUUUGCGACCGACCAUCGAGUCCUUAUCUUCUUCCAAAUGACCAAAGUCAUGGACAUCAUGGAGGACUUCUUGAAGAUGAUGGGCUGGAAGUACUUGCGCCUGGACGGUGGCACGAAGACGGAGGAGCGUGCCUCCUACGUGCAGCUGUUUAACGCCAAGGACUCGGACAUCCGCGUCUUCAUCCUCUCCACUCGUGCUGGCGGUCUCGGUUUGAACUUGCAGACCGCCGACACUGUCAUCAUCUUCGACUCCGACUGGAACCCCCACGCCGAUUUGCAAGCUCAGGAUCGUGCGCAUCGUAUCGGUCAGACGAAGGCCGUGCUCAUCCUUCGGUUCAUCACGGAGAAGAGUGUGGAGGAGGCGAUGUACCAGCGUGCGCGGUAUAAGCUCGACAUCGAUGGCAAGGUCAUUCAAGCCGGUCGUUUCGACAACAAGUCCAGUCAGGAGGAGCAAGAAGAGUUCUUGCGCGCUAUUCUCGAAGCCGACCAGGAGGAGGAAAGCGAGGAGUCGGGCGACAUGAACGACGAGGAGCUCAACAUGCUUCUGGCUCGUGACGACAGCGAGCGCGAGGUCUUCCAACGGAUUGACGCUCAACGCGAGCGCGAAGCCGAGGAGAUGUGGCGCGCCGCUGGCAACAGGGGCAAGCCCCCUCCGCCGCUCAUGCAGCUCGAGGAGUUGCCUGAGUGCUACCAGAAGGAGGAGCCAUUCGUCCCCGACGAGUUGGAAGAGGUGGCCGAGGGCCGCGGCACGCGCAAGCGCAACGUCGUCAGCUACAACGACGGCUUGUCGGACGACGCGUGGGCGAUGGCAUUGGAGGAAGGCGAAGACCUCGAAGAGCUGUCCGAGCGGAAUCGCAAGCGCCGCACCGUUGACCGCCUGCGCGACGACUCCUUGCGCGGGACCCCUGUCUCCGACACCGAAAGCCGUGACGGGCGCGGCAAAAGGCGCAAAGGCAAGGGUCGUAUGGCUGCGCCUGACUUCGGCGGCAGCGAAGUCGGCUCGAAGCGCAAGCGCGGUGCGGGCAAGUCGAACUCGGUCACACCCUCGAUCGACGGGUACGAGGACGAGACGCCGAGCAAGCCCAGCAAGCGGCGCAAGGUGCCUGACGUCAGCCCCGAGGUGCGCGAGCGCAUGAAGAGGGCAUUCAACGAGUGCUACCAGGCCGUCUGCGCGGUGGAGGACUCGAGCGAUCCAAAGUUCCCCAAUCGCAAGAGAUGCGAGCUUUUCAGGGAGGUUCCGAACUCCAAGGAAUACCCCAACUACCGCGCGGUCAUCAAGCAGCCCAUCGCGCUCUCGCACCUGCGCAAGCGCGCGCAGAGCAACUACUACAAGGACGUGCAGGCGUACCGCGCGGAUUGGAAGCUGAUGUUCCGCAACGCGUACACCUAUAACGAGGAGAACUCUUGGGUGUGGGUCGAUGCGAAGGAGCUGGAGCGCGUCUUCGACGAGACGUACGACCGCGUGAUCGCAGGCUCCGGGCUUCCUGGCGCAGGGCCGCCUGCGGAGGGCGGGAGCGCGUACGACUCGGCGUUGACACCCAUGGACGAGGAUGACAGACCGCUGCCACCGAGGCGGACGGGGUCGAAGCGUCAGCAGGUUGUGAGCGAUGACGAGUACAACUCGGAGGAGGAGUAGGGGGUGUGCUUUGUACUUGUCGCGCUGUCUUCCUGCCUUUGCUAUGUAUACGUUGUGCUGUCUUUAGAUCGAGUUAUUUGGGACGUUUUGUAUUGUACCCUUCUUGCGUCUUGCUGUGAGAUUGACCUAAGAAGAGGGAGGCUCGAUAUGGUACUCUGGGAACUCGUAC